AUGAGACUCGACGUGCAGCGCUCCAGCGUCAACAGGUCCCCGAGCGUUCAACUCCUACCCUUUGGGCCAUCUAGAUCGGCCAAUUCUCGAGCGGCUUCCGCCGCCGCACGCGCUCACAAGUCUCAGCGGGUUAGGAACGCGAGAGGAGUGCAAGGCUUUUUGUUUGCCCAGCACGACCACAGACGCCGCAUGCGUAACUUCCCCCUCUGUGCUGGUAACGACGUCGACAUCAAUAAACUUCCGGAAAUCGACGUGAAGAAGGUGUUCCAAGGCCACGGAGGUGCUGCCUACCGUGUACAUGACGCCACGGUCUCCCUCGCAAGCUCCCAUCGUCAUCGCUUCAGGAUCUAUGGCUACAGCAAAACGACAUGCGAUGUAAACCAAGCAUUGCUACGAAUUGCGCCACACCUUCCAUGGAGAGGGGAGCUCGCCGUGUUCCGUCUCGGCGAGAUCGUGCCAUACCUCGCUUCACCUGUGAUUUCCAGUGUCAUUGUAAACAAAGCCAUCAGAAUGUACCGCGUUUCCCUACCCCUUUCCCCAACACUAAUGAAUCUACAGGUUUAUGGCCUCAGUGGCUACAUCCAUUGA